ACACAGAGGUGUUUUGAUCGAGGGGAAGUGUAAAUAAUGUGUUUUAAAGACACGUUUUUUCGGUUUGUCUUCGGUUUUUCUCCCGUGAAUCGUCAGGUGAACCGACCUGCUCCACUUGUGUGACUCGGUGCGGCGUCACCUGUCAGUCACCACCGCAAAUAAAUCAGGAAAUUCAAAGUUUCAUCUCUGUCCUUCCUCCUCCUCCUCCUCCUCCUCCUCCUCCCUCGUGCAGCCGUCUGUGGUCGAUCAUUGCAGUGGGUCACGUUGAGGAGACGAUCAGGACCGAUCAUAUGAUGACCGGCCUCAGCUGCUUUCUCAGAUCUAUACUUCAGACCUGGUGUUAGUGAGUUUUCCUGCAGGUCUCAGACCAACUGAGCGACAUGGAUCACAGCUGCCAGGACUGGAUGUCAGCGCUGCCCGAGGAGCUGUGGGACCUUCCUCUGACGAACCUGGCCAUACCUGGGAGCCAUGAUGCCAUGAGUUACUGCCUGGACAUAAACUCCCCUCUGCUCAGGUCUGAGUCCGACUCUUUCAGGCUCCUGGACAGACUGUUCCACUGCUUUACAAGACCUGCCAUCUUCAGAUGGGCCACCACACAGGAUAAAAGCAUGGAGGAGCAGCUGUCGAUGGGGAUUCGGUUCUUUGAUCUCCGCAUUGCACACAAACCCAACGACUCAUCCAGCGACCUCUACUUCACACACGUCAUAUACACUCAUUUAACAGUGCUGGAAACGCUGAAGUCUGCUGCCACCUGGUGCGAGUCUCAUCCAAAAGAGAUCGUUAUUCUUGCUUGCAGCCACUUUGAGGGAAUGGACGACAGAUGCCACGAAUCUUUCAUUUUUUCCUUGAAGAAGCUGUUCGGCCCUAAACUCUGUCCCCGGAAGGAGUCGGUCCUGACCUUGCGGAGUCUGUGGGCGUCUGGUUACCAGGUCGUCCUGUCCUACGACGCCCAGACUGCAGAGAGACAUGAGGAGCUGUGGCCUGACAUCCCCUACUGGUGGGCCAACCAGCGCACAGCACAAGGAGUGAUCAGUUACCUGGACUGGAACAAAGCUCUGGGGCGUCCAGAGAGCUUCUUCGUCUCCGGCCUGAACCUGACAGCUGAUAGGUAUUACAUCACCACACACACGAAGGAAUCCCUGCGGACGCUGACCUUCAGUAACUGGGAGUGUUUGAAGAACUGGGUGGAGGAGCAGGCGCCCGGCUCGGACCCCGAGAGCCUCAACAUCAUCGCGGGAGACUUUGUGGGGCCACUUCCACUCUGCCCUCUGGUCAUUGCACUGAACAAAAAACUUGUGCAGAAGAAGAACAGCCAGAUGAAGAAACAUCACUAGCUGUGAUUUAAUUCCACUGAUUCCAAAAUACCUCAUUUUCUCUUUUCUAUAUUUCUAUCUGCUCUUUUAUCCACAUGUAGAGUUUGAACUGGAGGAAAUAUUUAGAUAGAAACGGUUUCUGAAUUUCUUACGUUCAUUUCAGGUGUUUUUUAAUCCCACAACAUUCUGUAUGUUUUGAAUUUACAGUUCUAAUGUGCAGUUUAUAUGUUUACAGGAUUGUUUUAUUAUACUGUACAAUACAUAGUUUUUUAAAGA